AUGCGUCAGAAUGUUGAUGGUGAAUCCAUGAUGAGGGAGGCAGAAGGUGUGGAUCAGUUUUGCUGGAUCCUGGUUGAAAUGACUUUCCUAUCCCUCCUUGGGCACGGGAUGAAACAAGCUCUUCUUCCUCUUCUCUUGCUUGUGCUCGUUGCGCCGUCUCAUUCGUUCCAGCCCCUGCUCCAGCCCAGCUCUCUGCUACGCAAACCUCUCGUGUCCUCAGCCAAGGCUCCCAGGACCUCCAUCAGACUUGCGAGCUCACUGCGAGCAGGAUACGACUUCUCCAAAGAGCACAACCAUCGCCUGGUCGAUCACUUCCACCACCUCCGCAAGCAGGAGUACUUCCGGCUGUUCGCCGUCGACUUGCUGUCGAGCUGCACGUACAUGCCGACUGCCGACAUGCCCUGCGAGAUGGAUCGAUGCGAGAUCGAGAGCGCGGAGGACGUCAGGGAGGACCUGAGGGUGAGGGACGCUAGGGAGCAUAGCUUCCGGUUGGAUGGGUGGGUGCGCUGGGAUAUGCCUGGGGACUUUACGGAGUACUACGACAUUUAUGAAGAAGGAGAAAGAUACACGGGAUAUGAUGGGAAGAGAGUUUGGGACUUUAUCCACGAUAGAAUAUGCUUCCAGGUUGAGGUCGACGAUCCUGAGAACGCGUGGAAGAGAGACUUCAACAGGGCUGUGUCUGGGUUGCAUACAUCUGUUUCAUCCCACGUGCUCCUGUCGAUGAAGGAGUCCGAGGGGCUGACGGAGGAGCAAGAGAUGGCGGAGUAUCAGCGGAGGAUCGCUCAGGUCCCAGAGGCUGUCGGCAACCUGUACUUUGCGUACAUGAUCAUGCUCUGCGCCAUCCAGAACGCGUCCAACCGUCUCAACAACUGCAGCUACAUGGGGGCAUGGAGGAGGUAG